ACACUUCUGGUCCAGUCCGACUGAGAAGGAACCACCAUGGUGCUGUCUCCCGCUGACAAGACCAACAUCAAGACUGCCUGGGAAAAGAUCGGCAGCCACGGUGGCGAGUAUGGCGCCGAGGCCGUGGAGAGGAUGUUCCUGGGCUUCCCCACCACCAAGACCUACUUCCCCCACUUCGACUUCACCCACGGCUCUGAGCAGAUCAAAGCCCACGGCAAGAAGGUGUCCGAAGCCCUGACCAAGGCCGUGGGCCACCUGGACGACCUGCCCGGCGCCCUGUCUACUCUCAGCGACCUGCACGCGCACAAGCUGCGGGUGGACCCGGUGAAUUUCAAGCUCCUGUCCCACUGCCUGCUGGUGACCCUGGCCAACCACCACCCCAGUGAAUUCACCCCUGCGGUGCACGCCUCCCUGGACAAGUUCCUGGCCAACGUGAGCACCGUGCUGACCUCCAAAUAUCGUUAAGCUGGAGCCUGGGAGCCGGCCUGGCCCUCCGCCCCCCCCAUCCCCGCAGCCCACCCCCGGUCUUUGAAUAAAGUCUGAGUGAGUGGC